AUGGGGGCUGGUGUGUUUGGUUUGGCCCUGUGGGGCGGCAUCGUCUCCGUUCUGUUGACGGCGGCGUUGACAUCCACCGCGUCCCCGACAGAUGGACCGCGGAUGACGGCGGAGCAGCACCACCGCACGUCGGAGCGUGUGAUUGAGCACCACUCCUUUUCCCCGCCGCUCCUGCGCAACUACUACGGCGAAAACGAGCUGCGGCACUGGGCCAUCGGCGGCACCACCGUCAUCACGGACAAUUACGUCCGCCUGACGGCAGACCGUCCCGGGCAGGUGGGGCACUUGUGGAACACGGAGCCGCUGGACAUGCCCUCCUUUGAGAUUGUCGUGGGGUUUCACUUGCACGGCAAGGGCACCGGCGCCGAUGGCUUUGCGUUGUGGAUCACGACUGACAGGCCGAGCCACAACGGCCCCUUGAUGGGCAGGCCGAUGGAAUUCACUGGCCUCGGCAUCAUUUUUGACACGUACGACAACGACGGCCUCCGUGACAACCCGGCGGUGUACGUCCUCUUCAAUGACGAAAAGCAGAGGAACCGGCAGUACAAUACACAAAAAGACUUCAAGGGGGAAUAUGUGGGGAGCUGCAAAUACGCCUACCGCCAGACCUCCGCGCUGCCCUCGACAGCGCGGAUUCGGUACGAGGGGAAUGCUCUGCAAAUUUUUCUCUCUCUUGAUGGCGAGAGGAAUGAGCUGCAGUGCACCACCAUCUCCGACCUCCGCCUUCCGAUCGGCAAGGGGGGGUAUUACAUUGGGCUGAGCGCCGAGACCGGCGACCUCGCCGACAGUCACGACAUCCUCUUUGUCCACACUAUGCCGAUCGAGGGGGUCAGUUACGACCAUGACGUUUACAGCAGACGGACUCUCAAUCAGGAGGUGGAGAGUCACCGUAUACUCUUAUUCCCUGAAAGACAUCAAGAGGAAAUCCGGCGACAUGUGCAACAACAACAGCAACAACAGCAGCAGUAUGAACAGCCGCAGCAGUAUGAGCAGCCGCAGCAGCAUUAUGAGCAGCCGCAACAGCAUGAGCAGCCGCAGCAGUAUGAGCAGCCGCAGCAGCAUUAUGAGCAGCCGCAACAGCAUGAGCAGCCGCAGCAGUAUGAGCAGCCGCAGCAGCAUGAGCAGCCGCAACAGCAUGAGCAGCCGCAACAGCAUGAGCAGCCGCAGCAUUAUGAGCAGCCGCAACAGCAUGAGCAGCCGCAGCAGUAUGAGCAGCCGCAGCAGCAUGAGCAGCCGCAACAGCAUGAGCAGCCGCAGCAGUAUGAGCAGCCGCAGCAGUAUGAGCAGCCGCAGCAGCAUGAGCAGCCGCAGCAGCAUGAGCAGCCGCAGCAGUAUGAGCAGCCGCAGCAGUAUGAGCAGCCGCAGCAUGAGCAGCCACCGCCGCCACCGCCGCCACCGCCCCCACCGCCGCCACCACAGCAGCGACAACAGCUGAGUUCUUAUGCUGCAGAUAAAGAACGUCUGAGAGAGUUGGAGAGGGAGCUGCAGGAACUUAAGCAGCGCCGACGUGCACCACGCCCGGACCGUUACCUUGACGAGGAGGAAAUGGAUGAUGAGGGUGGUCUGGAGGAAGCACAGGAAGGCAAUGACGAGAGGGAAAAUGCGGACGACGAUGGGUACGACGACCAGCCGCGUCGACGUGGGGGUCGUCGAAUUAAAUCCAUGCGGAACUUUCGUAGACGUCGGUAG